AUGGGUGUGGUAGAUGUUCCGCCAUCCGGACGUUGGACCUGGAACGACGAAACACAAACCCUGGAUUUCACGUGUAUAGGCCUUUCCGUGGAAGUAAAAGAGAACCGAAAAAAGACAAGUGCGUCUAUUCUUAACAAGCUUGCAAGCAAGGGUCCGAAGGGACAUGCCACCCCAUCAGUCAGGAAGAGAGAGGCUCUUGAGCGUGUGAAUGCUGUGAAGUCUGUUGGGGAUGCCAUAAGGGACUCUGUCACCCUUGAUGAUGUUAAACAGGUGGCUCUGUCUUUGGUGCAAGAGAAUGAGGCAUUACGUAAACCUCUGGGCUUUCUGUCUGUGAUCAAGAGCCGUGAGCUGGAUGCGUUCCUGGUUUCUCUCUUGCUUUACCUGUCCUGUUACUUUGAGAAGAAAGCACUUGAGAAAAGUCCCAAGCCCCUCGUGGUUGAGCAGAGUCUUAUGGAGAAAAGGGAGAUGGAAAUGAUGAGUGCCAAAGUAGAACUGGCCCUGAAACAGCUGGCCUUCUGUUACUCCAGUCUGGUACUGAGUCUGGGUCUGGUCCAGCGGCAACACAUGGCACCUGGCAGGAACCGGGCGUAUUCGACUCACAAAGAGAGGCAAUUGCAUGAGUGUCUGUACAGCUUUUUCUGCAAUGUGGCUUGGAUAACGUUUGAGAGGCGGGACCUAAAGGACAUCCGAGCUGAGAUUGGCCGCUUGCUCCACUCAGACACCUUUAACCCUGCCUUAAGAACUCAGUUGGAGAUUUUAGAUGCAGAACAGGUCCUGAACAGCUCCAAAGAUGGAAGCCAGUCUGAACCCCGGAAGCACGGUCGAAACCCCCUAGACAAAAGGGAUCUCUGGCAGCGUCUGGCGUUGAGUAAGAUCCUAACCCUGCGAUCUCCUGUUAUGGUGUCUCUUCUCCCUAAUCCGUGGGAGGAGGCUCCCCAUCUGUUUCACAAGUCCUGUCCCCAAAAGCAGCCCUUGACCAAACUUUGUGACACACGAGCUGUAAUGGAGGAACUAAGCCAGCAGCUAGCUUCUGUCAGGUUUGGUAUAUUAGGGAAGCCCCUGAGUCAAUUCAACUCUACUUUAAUGCCCCUGGGGACUAAGAGUGAGGAUGAGGAAGAUGAUGACGAUUAUGAUGACAGAGAUGACGAAGAGCUUGGGAUACGUAUUAAAAGCAGCAAGACUUCUCUCCUGGGUCGCGGUUCCAUGACGGCAGCAACAGACAAACACAGUGGUCCCAGCCGUGCCAACACCACAUUCUCCAGAGCCACAACCGAGGCCAUGUCAUCAGACACGGAGUGACUUUUAUGUGCGUGUGUGUGUGUGUGUGUGAGUGCGAGUGCGUGCGUGCGUGUGUGUGUGUGUGUGUGUGUGUGUGUGUGUGUGUGUGUGAGUGCGAGUGUGAUGGCAGAUGGAUGGCAGCUACUUUACUAACAUAAUUUCUUUUUAUAUUUUAUGUCUGAUUGUUGUUAUAUUGUUUGCUUUUGCUUCUUUGUUUCUGUCU